AUUAUUUAAUUUUAUUUGUAGAUACAGAAUUAAAAAAAAUGAAAAUUCAAAUUGUUAUAUUUUUAUUUGCCAUAUGUGCAGAAAGUAUUAGUGGUUAUGGCAGGAGAACUCCGCUUUUUCCAAAACAGCACAGGAAUGUAGAAGCUCCAAUUUCAUACAAAACGUAUUGGUAUCCUCAAACUCUUGAUCACUUCACGUUUUUAUAUCCUGAUCGUCAAUUUCCUCAACGAUAUUUGGUUAAUGAUCAGUACUUUAAGGAAGGUGCGCCAGUAUUUUUUUACACUGGCAAUGAAGGGGAUAUUGCAUGGUUUUGCAACAAUACAGGAUUUAUGUGGGAUAUUGCUCCGGAAUUUAGUGCUAUGCUGGUAUUCGCAGAACAUAGGUAUUAUGGUGAGUCUCUGCCAUUUGGAAAAGAUUCAUACAAGGAUUCAUUACAUCUUGGUUAUCUGACUUCUGAGCAAGCGUUGGCUGAUUAUGCUUCAUUGAUUGAUCACAUCAGAAAAACCAUCCCAACUACAAAGAGCAGUCCAUUUAUUGCUUUUGGAGGAUCUUAUGGAGGUAUGCUGGCAGGUUGGUUUAGAAUGAAAUAUCCUUCAGCUGUUGCUGGAGCUAUCGCGGCGUCAGCACCUAUCUUGGCGUUUCCUGAAAUGAAUGACUGCGAAUUAUUCUAUCAAAUCGCAACUGAUGACUUCAAGUUGAGUGGUGGAGAAGCAUGUAGUUCUUCUAUACGAAAGUCUUGGAAUACUAUUCUUAAUAUUGGACAAACUGCUCCUGGUCGAACUGAAAUAACAGACUGGUUUAAACUGUGUAAACCCCUGACGAAAUUUGACGACGUUUAUAAGCUGAAUAAUUGGCUCAGUGAGGUUUGGGUUAAUCUAGCAAUGGUUGACUAUCCUUACCCCGCAAACUUUCUGGAAGAUUUGCCAGCCUGGCCUAUCAAGGUGGUAUGCAAACAUCUUCAAGAUGGAAGUGCGUCAGGAGACCAGCUUGUUCGAAAUAUAGCAGCUGCAGCAAAUGUAUACUUUAACUACACUGGUACUGCUACCUGUUUGGAUAUCAACCAACAAGCUUCUGGAAACCUUGGUGAUCAGGGAUGGGACUUUCAGGCUUGUACAGAAAUGGCGAUGCCAUUAUGUCAAGACGGAGUACGUGAUAUGUGGUUGCCUUAUGAGUGGAAUUUUGAGGCAUUUGCUGAAGGAUGUAAAAAGCAAUGGGGUAUAACAACACGGAAGUAUUGGGCACAGUCUCAAUAUGGCGGAUUUAAUAUCAACGGUGCAAGCAACAUCGUAUUCAGCAAUGGCAAAUUAGAUCCUUGGUCCGGUUAUGGUGUUUUAAAUACCACCAAUCCACGAAUUACAACCGUUUUUAUCAAAGACGGAGCACAUCAUUUGGAUCUGAGAAAAUUGAAUCCACUUGAUCCUCAAUCGGUCAUUGAUGCAAGAAAUGUGCACAAGAAAAGUAUUAGCUCGUGGAUUGCCGAAUGGCACGAGAGUCACUGAAUUACUGAGAAACUUCAACAUAUUUCACGACUAAUCAUCACAUUCAAAUUGUUUUUCAUAAUAAAAGAUCAUCCUGAACGAAUUUCACAUAGCACUUUUUGUAAAAAUAUCAUUAUUUAGCUUAUAUUUAUCGCAAAUAGUUUUUAUUUGUAAAUUUUGCAAUUUUACGUUAGAAAAUAAUUUUUGUACUUUUAGCUUCUGUAUUUGCAUUUAAUGAAAUCGAAUUUUCAA